GCAUUCAUACUAUUGUGUUCGAGGUCCUUAUCCGAAGUCUGACGAAAAGGGCCGAUUAGUUGCGAUUGUCGGAACAUCUUGGUUAUUUUAAAAGACUGACGGAAAGAGCCGAAAAGUUGCGAUUGGGACCGUCGAAGACCGGAGACUGUCGAUACGUAAGGCCCGAUUUCCGGUUAACUUCCGCGUAAAUGAUUUCAUCGAUCAAGAUAAUAAAUAUUUCACCAUCAAAUAACAUGUUAAGGUAGGCAAGAAAGUACUAACUUGGGAACAAAAUGAUACAGUGCCUGCAAAGAUAUGGAACAGCUUUAAGGAAUGUUUUAAGGUGCCAUAUCUAAGAAUAUCCAAAUACAUAUACUGAAAGCAAUAUUUUCAUAGAGAAGAAAAGACAUUUUGCAUUAAGCUUAUUUUGCAAAAUCUAUUGUUAUUCAUGAUCUUUAACUUUAACAUGACUGCUCCUAUACUCCUAUUGGCCAUAACGAUUUUAAAAUGUGAUAUUUGCAUUUUUUUAAAAUAAAUAUUCAUAUCAGACAUUUAACAAUACAUACUUGUGGAAGAGAAGAAUUGUAUUUUGAAAAUGUGUGAUAAAGCUAUUUCUGAAAACGAAAACAAUGAAACAACACACAUGAAAGUAAAUCUAGGAGAGAUUUAUUUCUGUAGUAUGUGUGGGAACACAUUUUCUCAAAAAAGUGACUUUAUAAUACAUAUGAAAGUACAUACUGGAGAGAGGAAACAUAUUUGUAAAAUAUGUCUUACAAUAUUUGCUCAAAGAAGUGAUCUAACGGCACACUUGAAAAUACAUGCAGAAGAGAAAAAUUAUAUUUGUGAAAUCUGUAAUAAAACAUUUUCAUGUCUAGAUAAAGUUGCAACUCACAUGAAAAUUCAUACAAGAGUGAAAAAAUUUUGUUGCAAAAUCUGUGCAAAAGCAUUUAUUCAACGAGGUGAUCUUAAUAAACACAUGGCAGUACAUACAGGAGAAAAGAAUCACUGUUGUGAUGUCUGUGGAAAUGUGUUUUCUGAAAGAAGUAGUCUUAGAAGACACAUGAGAAUACAUACAGGAGAGAAAAAACACAGUUGUGAAGUCUGCGGUAAAAAGUUUGCCCAUAACUUCAGUCUUGCCAUACACGUGAAAUACCAUAAGGGCCAGAAGGACCAUUACUGUGAGACUUGUGGAAAAGGGUUUACUCUAAAAGAUCAACUUGCAGAACAUACGACAAUACACACAGGAGAGAAGAACUUUCGUUGUGAAAUAUGUGAUAGAUCAUAUUCUCGAAAACGAUAUCUUCAGAAACAUAUUAAGUGGCAUUCAGGACCGAAGGUAUAUUGUUGUGAAAUCUGUAACAAAGGGUUUCCCCAAAAAGACUAUCUUUCCCAACAUAUGACAAUACAUACAAAUGAGAAGAACUUUUGUUGUGAAAUUUGUAACAAAGCUUUUACUGUAAGAAGUUAUCUUAAUAGACAUAAAAAGAUACAUACAAGAGAGGAAAGUUAUCGUUCAAAAGAGUUAUCGAAAGAGUAGUUUGAAAUGACCAUCAUUUGAGAAAAACACAAUUUUGGUGAGAAAAUCUGAAGGUUUGAAAUCUGUGAUGCUUUAUUUACUGAAGGAAUUUAUUAUAAGAAAUACAUGGCAGCUUAAUCACAGAGAAAAACUUCAGUUGAGAAAUCUGCAAUAAACAGUUGUUCCCCUCAAAAAAGUUCCCCUCAAAAAAGAUUUUAUAAGACAUUAUGAAAAUAUAAAAGGAGGUUAUGAAAUCUGCAGUUAGGCGUUUUCCCAAUUGAACAUAUUGAAAUCACAAUACACUGCAACAGCGUUAUAAUGCUCAUGUAAGGGCUUCCAAGGGCUCAGUACCGCAUUAUAACGAAGUUCUGAUAUAUAACGCCCAUGGCGAAAUUACAGCAUUACCCAACCCUUGCCUAUACAUAUAUAACGCAAAUUAUUGUUUUUAGCUUGUUUUGUACAUGUUACAAAAGAGUCAGAGGAGGUUUACAUGUGAAAUAUGUAAUGAAGACACUUAUCUAAAUGGUUGUCUAUACAAACAUAUGACAGAUUGUUGAAUAGGCACUUGACAUUUUUUCACACUUAUGAAUUAAUAAUGCAGAUACAGUGUACAUGUAUAUCGAGAAUACAGUGUAGUUUGUAAAUACAUUGAAGAAUAAAAUGUGACGAGGAAAGUCAUAAAUGGUUCUUUUUAUCAGAAGAGUAAAAGUGUUAAUAUCUUGUAUAAACUACCGACAUCUAUUUUAAGCUCGUCGGUUACAAAGAAAAAGUCAAGCUAUCACGAUCGCUGGAACUCUGCUAUUGUAAUACAUGUAUUUUCUUUUCAUGUUAAAAUUUUGUUGUAGUCUAUUAUUCACACAUUUUAAAGCUGCAUGCCUCUAUAUGAACUUAAAUUUUUUAAGAAAAUUAAACUUGAAAAACAUGUA